CUGAAGAAUAAUCAUGGUAAUUUAUUAAUCCCUUGGCAUUUAUGCAACAUUUGGUUUUAGAUAGUUAAUCCAUUCAACAAAAACAUACGUUGGCCUAGAAAUCUUAGUAUUCUUCACAAAUUUCGUGAUGAUCAAUCUAACUGACAAAGUACUCGAGUCGAUUUGUAAGUAUAUUCAUUUCUGUCAAACUUGUCUCUAUGAACGACUCGUACUCGCACUAGCACUAGCGAUACAACCAUUGCUGUUGAGAAACUCGGAACACGAUGAAAAGGUUGCCUCAUGAGUAGAGGCCAAAUAUGCAUGUCAGUUUACUGACAACCAAGCUCUUUCGAUCGAACGAGCAGAGGAAGGGAGAAAAAUAUAAGCAUCCAUCGAGGGAUUCAUGCUGCGAGCACAGGAGGACCAGGACCUGCACGGAUCGCGUUAGCGAUUGAAGCGCGACCUCCUCCUUCUUCUCCUUCGUCUUCUCCUCACUAUCCCUCUCUUUCCCGCUCCAAAGUCCAACAAACUGUCUGUACAGCGGUACCAACGGAACGGAACAGCUUUGCGACUUUGAAUGGCUCCCUCGAAGCAGCAAGUACACUAUGCAAAUCGAAUCAGUCGUCUCCGAGCAGAGAUCACAACAUGCGUGUGUCGGUCUGCGAGGAUCCGAGUGUCGGACGAAACGGAUUUCCCAUCAGCCAUGGCUGCCAGACGCAGGCGGACAGUCGGCCCAUCGGCACCGGCCACUGCACGAGCCCGGAUCCAGGCGCGCUUCCUGUGGCCGCAGCGGCAGCAGCUGCUCCUGCGGCUGCUGCCGGUGAUUAAAGCGCUCCAGCGUCCAGCGGGAAGAACCUGAAGGAGAUGGUGGCGGAGGUCGUGCUUCGGUCUUCCAUCUUUCCCCACGUCCUAACGGCUCCAUCUGCAUCCUCAUCCCCGUCCCCGUCUCCCGCUGUUUUCUCCGACGACGUGAGCGUGGAGCGUGGGUCUGCGCUUUCGAGCCGGCGAGGCGGGACGUUACUCAUUUUUGAACUCUCCGCCAGAUUUGGCUCGGCGCUGUGGCGGCCCAUCUGUACUCUCCAUGCACGCGUGCGAGCGUGCGUGCUUGCGUCAUCGAUCGAGAGAUGGAUGGAGGGGCAGGUUCGACGAUGUACAUCGGAAGCAGGCGAGGCCGAGGCCGAGGGCAGUUCAGGUCAGGGCGGGGCGGAAUUUCGCAAUGGCAUCGACGAGGGUCUCCAUUCCAUUCUUCUCUUUCUGACACGGCGAAACCUGCGAGCGACUUUCUGCACCGAGGGUGGGAGAGGGAGAGAGCUUCAAGAAUGUCUCAGCACAAGACACGGCGUGGGCUUGCAUGCUCAUCUUGGAGCGCCCCAUCUGCUGGCGGGGUAUUGUCGUCUUUGGAACUAGUGGCGUGACACUCGGACAGGCGCACAGGCAAAGGCAGGAUGGAACGAGAUAGGAAUGGAAAGUGAUUGAACUGGUCUUGCGAAAUUUGUUGGUACGUUACUGUCCUCACUCCCUCCCCCGUCGGCGGGCCAUUCAGCCGACCUUUAGGAAGGAGGUAGUUUCCGUUCCCGUCUCCUUCGGAGGAUUGGUCAGUGGAUCCACCAAAUUAGGAAGUCUGUGCCUUCACGCACGCUGUCGAGCGAACGAGCUUGCUCUUGCUCACCUCCAAAGCCUGCGCCAGUCGUCGAAAGAAACGGCUUUAAUUCGUUCGGUUUCUGUAGAAUCUUUUCGCCGAGUCUAUCUGCAUCGGAAAGGUAGGAGGCGAUGGUUCACGAGGACAUGGCCUGCAGCCUGGGUCAUGUGGGAAGGAAGCUCUGCAGCAGCAACUACUGUGCGCAUGGGAUGCCUGUACAGUUUCCCACUGUCGCCCGAGGACGAGGAGGUGUUAGCUCUAGUUGCAAGCCUGGAGAAGGAAUGUUUGAAUUCUGGCAUAGUUAUAAUGCUAUCAGAAGCAGCAGUCAAGAAGCAAGAGCAGCAGCGUGAUCUUUAGCGUGCUGAAUGUUGUCUGCUGCUUGCGAUUGCGCCGGGGCAGGAAGGAAGGAUGUUCAAAAGCCGUAAUUUGAUGUCCUCUUCUCCUCCUUCUCCUUACGGGGAAUUCUGGCCGCCAGACAGAACAAUGAGGACGGCACGCAUAUCCCAUGUUGAACACUGAAUUUGAUCUCAGGCUGAAGACUGACGCACACUUGAGAAAAUCACAUGGAAAGAGAGAUUCUAGUCGAUAGAGGACUAACUGAAAGGGUAAUCGUAGACCUUGUGUGGUCCUUACCAACCCACCCCCAACCCUACCCAUCCCAUCCCAUCACAUCAUCGGGGCAAGGAAAGUUUCUAACACACUGUCAGGUGCUUUAGAACUGUGGGAGGGCAGGGUAGACACUUCCAAUUCAACACAACCGAGGAACAGAAGAAGAUUAUGCACCUCUAAAUCAAGUUGAAUCUCCCUACUUUGCUCUGUUGUGAUGGUUUCUGUUCUGAUUUGAAAUGCGGCAGGCUUUGCCUUGCCGGGGGAAGAGCCGUGGUAGUAGUACCAGCCGUAGCAACAGUCAACUUUCAAUACUAUCGACAGAUGUGAUUGGGGAAUCGAAAUAAAGCGACCAGUUGGGACCUGAUCUAAAGCGCAGACUAAACAUGGCACUUUGUAUAUGCGCAAACAAAAGCAGGGUCCUGUUUCGGAUCACUGAAGUAAACUAGAAUCAGUGAAUCACUGCUCAGUAUCCGGUGAAAGCUUGUGUAAGAUUCGCUUUGUGCCCACCAUUCUCGCGCAUCCUUUCCCAGGAUUGGCUCCAACUUGGUGGACGAUUCUCGUGAUGCCAGAUUCAGCAACUGUUUUGCAGAGGAUGGAUGAUCAGAAACGAUCAUCCGGAAGGAUGAUCUCAUCCACAGGAGGAUUUGAGCAAUAUAAUAAUGAGAGUCCGUUUGGGAAUCUGACCGAUGAAAGGUUUUCUGGUUGAAAACCCUCGUUGCAUCAGGCAGAGAGUGGUAGUAAAAAGUCAUUAGCUGAUAGAAAGGAUUACUAGAGGCGAGACAAAUGCAAGUGGACCUUCAGAAAAGGGAGUCGGUCUUCCUCGAAGAUCCUCUUGGUCCCGCGGCUGGACAAAGGCACUGGGUCGAGUAAGAAAGUAGAAAAGGCGGGUAUUUGAUUCAC